AUGGAGAUCGAGUCGGAGUACCAAGAGAAGCGAGGGGCACACGAAAAGGUGGCCGUGGGCCUCGAAGUGGAGCGGCAGCAGCUGGAACACGAAUGCAACACCAGCCAGGAAGACGCUCUGGCCGAGGAGAGCCGGUACCACUUCCUGCAAAGCCUCUGCUCCAUCACAGAGGCCAGGCUGCAGAGCGUGCGACAGGACGAGAGAUGGGAGAAAGGUGACGGGCGUCUCCUGCCCGAGUUCCAGUGCCACCGCGACCUGUACGAGCACAAGCUCCGCCAGCAGGAGGCCCUGAGCAAGCAGCUCCGCCGGCAGCAGCGCUCCAUCAAAGAGAACGAGGGCUCGAGCACGGUUCAGAGGCGCAUGUUCGGCGGCCUGCACGCUCUUCUCAAGUGCAAGAUGGCCCUCAACGGCGGGGAGGCGGGUGACGACCUCCUCGGCGAUGGAGGAGGCGUUUCGGGUAGCAAGGGGGGGCGAGGCGGCGGCGGGGGUGGCGCGGGACGGGGCGGGAUGGACGAGGCCUACCUCAAGGCUAUCGACGCCCAGGGCGGCGGCGGCGGCGGCGGUGGCGGUGGCGGUCGGGGCGGCGGUGGUGCACCCGACGUUAUGACGCUAGAAGAUCGAGACUGA